AUGCUGACAUCUGAGCAUGCAUUGUUCUUUUUGCUUAAACAUCGGACCCUGGCGGAGGAGAGGCUAAGAGACGCCAAGGCGGAGCUUCAGCUCACACAGUUCUCGGUGGCGCGUGGAUAUCACGCCGGUGUCUCCUGCGUAGCCAAUAUGCCAUCGGAGAACUCAUGCCGACGGCGAUUGAUAGCGAGAAAGAGCGAGGUGGUCACCUCUUUACUUCGCUAUGGUUUCCCUGAACCGGAUAAGUCUGGAAUUGGAGCUUGCCCUCCUCUAGGCCAUCUUCUUAAUGGAGGCUAUAUCUUUGGACUUGGAGCUCUAAGGGAAUUUGUUUUACCAUGUGCUGAUGCUUCUCCAAAUCAACCACAACCAUCUGAAGAAGCAGAGAUGAUUGCAAAUCGCCUGCAAGAGUUGGAAGCUGAACUGAAACAAGGUCAUGAAGAAAAUCUGGAAAUUCAAAAAAGACGUGAAGCUAUGGAAAAAAUGUUGGUUUCUUUUGCAAAUCAGAAUGCUUAGAUCCAGCUCUACUAUCAACACCAUCCAUCGUCCACCAUCUACCUAAUUUAGUAAUUCUAGUUCCUAUUUAUAUUAAGUAUUGUUUAGUAUUCAUUUUAUUAAGACUAUCUUUUUAAAAUUCUGUUUGUGUAUUAACCUUGUUUUUUUGACGUAGUUUUUUAAAGUAAUAUUACCGUUUAUUUAUUAUAUUUUACGUUUACUGUUUUAUUGUAUAAUUAUUUAAUUUUAAGAAAUUGUGACUACAAUUAACUAUAAAUAAUUGAUAACCAUU